AUUAUUCGCUAUGAAAUACAAGGGCCACAGGCUCCUGUUCCCCUCUCUCCUCCCUCCAUUUCCUUGCUUUAAAUAGAUUCGCCCUCUCUCUCUCUCUCUCCCCCACAAUUAUUCCAACCGAAUCACCGACGCUGCACUCCAUUCCACAGAUUUUUUAGAGCGAGAGAACUGUCAAUGGCGUCUCCGGCGAGGGUGGAUCUUGACGGGAACCCCAUCAGGCCGAUCACGAUAUGCAUGAUAGGGGCGGGAGGCUUCAUUGGGUCCCACCUCUGCGAGAAACUCAUGGCGGAGACCCCGCACAAGGUGCUGGCCGUCGACGUGUACAGCGACAAGAUCAAGCACCUCCUUGAAGGACCCGCGUCCCUCCCCUGGACCGACCGCAUCCACUUCCACCGCCUCAACAUCAAGAACGACUCCCGCCUCGAAGGCCUCAUCAAGAUGUCAGAUCUGACUAUAAAUCUUGCGGCGAUCUGUACUCCAGCGGAUUACAAUACAAGGCCUCUGGACACAAUUUACAGCAACUUCAUCGAUGCUCUACCCGUGGUGAAGUAUUGUUCGGAAAACAACAAGCGUCUCAUUCACUUCUCUACUUGUGAAGUGUAUGGGAAAACAAUUGGUAGCUUCCUUCCUACAGAUCACCCUAUGCGGCAGGAUCCUGCUUAUUUUAUCCUGAAAGAAGAUGCUUCACCCUGCAUUUUUGGCCCUAUUGAGAAGCAGAGGUGGUCCUAUGCUUGUGCAAAGCAAUUGAUCGAGAGGCUGGUCUAUGCUGAGGGUGCGGAGAAUGGUCUUGAAUUUACUAUUGUGAGACCUUUCAACUGGAUUGGUCCUAGGAUGGACUUCAUACCCGGCAUUGAUGGUCCCAGUGAGGGUGUUCCCAGGGUGUUGGCUUGCUUUAGUAAUAAUCUUCUUAGACAUGAGCCUCUCAAGCUUGUGGACGGAGGCCAAUCACAGAGAACCUUUGUCUAUAUCAAGGAUGCCAUUGAGGCAGUACUGUUGACGAUUGAAAAUCCAGCCAGGGCCAAUGGCCACAUCUUCAAUGUGGGCAACCCUAAUAACGAAGUUACUGUUAGGCAACUUGCUGAAAUGAUGACAGAGGUUUACUCGAAGGUGAGUGGGGAACCCCCUCUGGAAGUUCCCACUGUUGAUGUGAGCUCCAAAGAAUUCUAUGGUGAAGGGUACGACGACAGUGACAAGAGGAUUCCAGACAUGACCAUAAUCAACAGACAACUUGGUUGGAAUCCAAAGACAUCGCUGUGGGACUUGCUUGAAUCCACCCUUACCUAUCAACACAGGACGUAUGCUGAGGCCAUAAAGCAGGUCACUUCAAAACCACUCGCGUCAAGCUAGAGAAGGAAAACAUUACCGUCAAAGGAGUUUCUUUUGUUAGACUGUGAUAGUGGUCGGAAAUUUGUCUCAAAUUAUUUUCCAAUGAAGAACUAUAGUCAUAUACUAGAUGGAUCAAUCUUAUAUACUUCAUAUCUCUUUGUUAUUGUCUUUCCUUUGUUCGUGGCCGGGUCAAUAGUUUCAGGAAUAUGUGUCUGUAAUAUGUAACUUGACACUGGACGGUUUAGGGAAAUCAUAUGGGUAAUAUUAGAUGUUAGGUAAUUUCUUUGAA